AUGCUUUGCCUUUUAUAUAGCCCAGUGCUUCGCGAGGAGUUCCGGACGCUGCCGCAGGACAUGAGCGUGGCGUCGGGCGAGCGGGCGGAGAUCGCGUGCUCGCCGCCGAGAGGACACCCGCCGCCGGACCUCGCCUGGACGCGCAACGGACACCCGAUCGAUCUCAAGGAGGAGGCUGAGAGGGUCCAGGUCCGCGAAGACGGCACGCUGGUGAUCCAGGAGGUGCUGCAGACGGACGAGGGCGAGUACGUGUGCGAGGCGUCCAACCCCGCGGGGACUCGGAAGUCUCCUCCUGCCAUCCUCGACGUCAUCGUGGCCCCCUUCUGGGUGAAGGCGCCGCGCGACGUGGUGGGCGUGGCCGGCAAGGAAGUGGAGAUCAGCUGCCGCGUGGGCGGCGACCCCCCGCCCUCCAUCACGUGGCGCAAGGUGGGCGGCCGCAUCCCGCUGGGCCGCAUGCGGGUGGUGCGCGACCGCGGCCUUAGGGUGUUACCGCUGCGGCCCGACGACGCAGGCGUCUACCUGUGCAAGGCGGCCAACCGCGCUGCGGCCAUCACCGCCAACGCGACGCUCACCGUCCUCAGUAAGCCCCACCGGUGGCCGCGCAUAUUGCUUUGCUGGCUCUCUGGCAGAGCCCUCGGCCAGGACUCUUGGCCAGGGCUCUUCGUCAGAUUCUUGACCUGGACUCUCGGCCAGGACUCUUGGCCAGGGCUCUCAGCUAUAGCUCUUUGGCCAGAGAUUUCGGCCAGGACUCUUGCCAGGGCUCUCGGCCAGCGCCCCCUCUUUCUCCCCAAAGCUAACCCCGCCCUUCCCUCAGCUUCCCCCCGCGUAGCGGAGGUGCCUGGCGACCAGGAGGUGGAGGAGGGCGCGCCGCUGACCCUGUCGUGCGCCGUGCAGGGCUUCCCGGCGCCGCUCGUGUACUGGACGCGCGAGGGCUCGCAGACGGUGCUGCCGGCCGCCCGCGCGCCCCUCGAGGGAAGCCUGGCGGGCCUGGCCAAUGCCGAUGAGGAGGAGGACGCCCACCUGGAGGCGGUGCGCAUGGCGUACCAUGUGCCCCGCGCCGCCCACCACCACUCAGGUCGCUACAUCUGCGGCGGCGUCAACUCUGCGGGCGGCGUCAUGACCCGCGUGGCCGUGCGGGUGCGCCCUGCCCACCUGCUACCACCGCCCAUCAUCUCCGUGCCGCCCGCCAACCAGACGCUUCCAGAGGGGGGCCACGCCGCCCUCACCUGCCGUGUGUGGGGGUCGCCGCCGCCCACCGUCACCUGGAGGCACCGCGGCCGCCUGGUCACCGCCACGGCGCGACGCAAGCUGCUCCAGGACAACACGCUCACCAUCGAGGACCUGGCCUUCGGCGACGGCGGCGAGUACGCGUGCGUCGCGUCGUCCCCGCGCGGCGUGACGGAGGCGCGCGCCCUGCUGCAGGUGGCGUCGCCCAGCGCGCCCGGCGUCGUGUUCCUGCGGGCGCCCGAUCCCGACACCGCGCCCGGGCCGCCGCCCACGCCCACGGUGCGAGCCAGUAACGGCACGGCGGCGGUGGUGACGUGGGAGCCGCCGGCGCGGGGGGGCGCCUCCCCCGUCACGGGCUACACCCUCGAGUCGUACAGCAGCUCGGAGGCCGUGUGGCGCGUGGCGGCCGCCCUCACGCCCCUCACCUCCUUCACGCUGGCGCCCCUGGACCCCGCAGAAGCCUACGGGGUCACGGUCCGCGCCCACAACGCCCACGGGGUCUCCGAGCCGUCGGGCAUCGCCGAGGUGGGCGGCGGCAGGGGCGGCUGGGCGCAGGAGAGGGCGCAGGCCAAGGGUGAGGGGCUGGUCGGCCUGCUGGAGUCGCGGGUCACGCUGCAGGACGCCGUCCUUACGGGCCCCACGUCCGCCAAGAUCUUGUGGCAGAAAGAGGAAGAUAAACAUAAUUCGAAUGACAGUGACAAAAGGACCACCUUGCGCGUGCCUUCACCUGCGCCCAAGAAAAUGCUGCGCAAACUGGGCCACCAGCGAUGUCGUGCACCUCAGGAAAGCCAUCGCUUGGUGUCUAGCGCCGAGCCUACGCUCUAUUAUGUCCUGUCAUCCCCGGCCUCCGACCCCCAAGGCUGGAUGCCCGGACACGCGACAGGCACUCAGUGCUUAGCCCAGGACAACGCCUCGGGUGUUCCCUUUACUGUGUGGUACUCUUCCUUAAGAGUCAAGCCGUUUAACCACUACCACUACCCAACCAAUCAUUGCCAUUAUAAUUCAGACGCAACUAUUUCCGCCGCGCCCACAAUUUCCUCCACAACCCCCGCCAACCAGAAUCAGUAA